AUGGAGGACGUCAGCCAACCCACCGAGCUGGCACCGCCCUUGCCCACCACCGAGCCCGCCACCAUACCCACGCUCGACGGCUGGAUCGAGAGCUUGAUGGCCUGCAAGCAGCUGGCCGAGGCCGAUGUUCAGAGGCUCUGCGAGAAGGCAAGAGAGGUGCUGCAGAACGAAUCCAACGUACAGCCCGUGAAAUGUCCCGUGACGGUCUGCGGUGAUAUCCACGGCCAGUUCCACGACCUGAUGGAGUUGUUCAAGAUCGGCGGCCCUAAUCCCGACACCAACUACCUGUUCAUGGGCGACUACGUCGACAGAGGAUACUACUCGGUCGAGACCGUCACCCUGCUGGUCGCCCUCAAGAUUCGAUACCCCGAGCGCAUCACCAUCCUGCGCGGCAACCACGAGUCGCGUCAGAUCACCCAGGUCUACGGCUUCUACGACGAGUGCCUGCGGAAAUACGGCAACGCCAAUGUCUGGAAGUUCUUCACCGACCUCUUCGACUACCUGCCCCUGACCGCCCUGAUUGACAACCAGAUCUUCUGUCUCCACGGUGGUUUGUCCCCCAGCAUCGACACCCUGGAUAACAUCAGGGCCCUCGACCGUAUCCAGGAGGUGCCCCACGAGGGUCCCAUGUGCGACCUGCUCUGGUCCGAUCCCGAUGACCGCUGCGGCUGGGGGAUCUCGCCCCGUGGAGCCGGCUACACCUUCGGCCAGGACAUCUCCGAGGCUUUCAACCACAACAACGGCUUGACCCUGAUCGCGAGAGCUCACCAACUGGUCAUGGAGGGUUAUAAUUGGUCGCAAGACCGUAACGUGGUCACCAUUUUCUCCGCUCCCAAUUACUGCUACAGAUGUGGUAACCAGGCCGCAAUCAUGGAGAUUGAUGAGCACCUGAAGUACACAUUCCUCCAGUUCGACCCUUGCCCACGUGCCGGCGAGCCUAUGGUUUCUAGACGUACGCCGGAUUACUUCUUGUAG